AUGAGUGUUGUCCUGUCGGCUAUGUUCAGAGAUCAAAUUAAUUCGUUUUCCAGAGGCGGUCUCCAUUCCGGGUCCACUCCAUUCAACGAGUUACUUGCUCAAUUUAAAACAAGAAUCACAACCACUCAGAAUCUCGGUCCAGUGUCGCCUUCUCGCAGUCCGCCGGGCUUCUCUGACGCCCAUUAUGUCAAAAAACGCUCCUACAGCGAUAGGGCCAACGAGUCGGAUUCGCUACUAGAUGCUCCGCCAAACAAGAGAUCGAGGACUGCUCCUCCUUCUCCACCAUCCACAUUACGUGCUUCUACGAGUUUCCCUUCCGAUGCUGCAUCUUCAAGACUAAAGUUACAGCCUUCGUCCGACCAUUACUCUAAUGACCGUUCUGGUCGCAUUACGUUGCCUAGUCUCAGCGAUGCAUUGAAUGGAAUCCAGACCCAGUCCACCAGACCUCCCCAGAAGUCCAUUGUGCCUACUGUGUCGCUUGACUACUUUGACACAUACAAACCUAAUGACGAGCAAUGGCGCUACGGGUUGUUGGACUCCAUCAAGAGCUCCAAGCCACUGUUCAACUUGUCCAACUAUAGCUACUUGGGAAAGCAUGCCUCUACCAGACAGGCCAAAUCCCCCAACAGUAAUGAGAAGUUGCCGCCUAUUCACCAUCUUGGAUCGGACGAAAGACCCAACUUCGACGCUCGUGUCAGUUCGAAAGCAUUGCCUGCUCUUGCUGAACGGAAGAUUAACUUCCCAUACGAGUCCAACUAUACUUAUCUCAACAAAACCUACUUGACGGAUGUCGAGAGAUAUCCCGAGUACUUGGAGUUGGCACAGUCGCUCAUUCAGCUUUCCAGGCCACAGCAAUACGUUGCUCCACAGCCAUACUAUCCAAUGUACAAGCCAGAGUACGUGGAGAAGCGUCAGCAGUACGAGCGCAGCCAACAAGAAACACAGAGCCACCAGCACGAUCACCAUCACCGUGCACAGCACCACAAUAGCUACCAACACACAGAACGUCAUCAUCACCAAGAGCCAAAGGAGCUCAGUGGCCACGAACAUGUUCACGCCCACAUUCAUGACCGUCGCCACCAGCAGGUCAAGCAGACACAAGACAAGUACAUUGCAUCCCAGUGGGCUCCAUCUAAGGAGCCUUAUUUCGGUUACAUUGGUGGAUCUUCACCUUCUCGUGUACCCCAACUCUCUCCCAGGGCAUACGUGACACCAGACUCUAGUUUCGAGUACAAGCCUUCGUCGCCUUCCAAGAAGGACAAGAAGGAGUCGCUGCAGCGUACUCGAUUCAUUCCCAUCACACCUCCAUCUGUCAAAGACAAGUCUAGAUCGGAGUUGAUGAAGUCCCCUCCUCGUUCCAGCCAGACCGCACCCCGCGUGUGCAUCUCGUGUGGAUCAGACCAGUCUCCAUGUUGGAGACCUUCUUGGUCGAUCAAGGAGGGCCAAUUGUGCAACUCGUGUGGAUUGAGAUACAAGAAAACCUCCACUAGAUGUCUCAACGACGAGUGCAAGAAGAUUCCAGCCAAGGGAGAGUGGUCAUUGAUGCAGACCAAGGGUAAGACCACGUUUGAUGACGGAGAAGAGGCUUACAGUUGCUUGGACUGUGGAUGGAAGGUUGAGGUUAAGAAAUAG